AUGUCCACCGAAGAACAAUCGAAACAACCGUUCAUCGCGAACCCUCAUAGUCGGCAGCAAGAAAAGCAAUCAGAAGAAUAUGAUGAAAUAAUUAUUAAGAGCGGAUGUUCUCAAGAAAAUCAAGAAUUACAGUUGUGUUUCGCGGACAAACGAGAUUGGAGGCUAUGUAAAGCUGAGAUGGCUAAGUUUAAAGAAUGUUGGAGGAAAAAUCAUGACGAACAAUCUAAAGAUCAGAUGUCCACAUGA